ACGUGAGCGACCCGUUGCUCUGGGGAUGCACUCCGGGACCUCUGGGCCGCAGCAACCGGCCGGGCCUCUCUAGAGAUCCGCUGGUUCAGACGCGGGACUAUGGCCACGUCCACCAAAGGCCGGUCCAUAUCAGUCGGCCCCUCCGAGGGCUUGUUCGAGGCCGACAGGAACUCAGGGGAGCCGGAGAACACCUAUAUUCUGAGGCCCAUUUUCCAGCAAAGGUUUAGACCCUCUGUGGUUAAAGACUGCAUCCAUGCCGUGCUCAAGGAGGAACUGGCAAGCGCUGAGUACUCUCCAGAUGAAAUGCCUCAUCUCACAAAACGUCUCUCAGAAAUCAUCAAAGACAAACUGAAAGAGUUGGGAUAUGACCGGAUAAAAUGGUGGUGUCAGGUGGUGAUUGGCGAGCAGAGGGGCGAAGGCGUCUGUAACAUGGCUGCUCGAUGUUUCUGGGAUGCAGACACUGACAACUACACUCAUGAUGUCUUCAUGAAUGACAGCUUAUUCUGUGUUGUAGCAGCGUUUGGUUGUUUCUACUAUUGAAUCUGUGGAAAGGGUGACUGUGAGCACGAAGAAACCUCAACUUUUGUAUAAUAUCCUGACCAAAUAAAAAUAAGUUGGACCUUGGCACCUAAAA